AUGACGUGGAAACGUUCAAGUACCUCAGCCGAGAACCCAACCGUGAUACUGCAGGAUUUAAACUACAUCGGCGACGGUCGUUCAACUCUCGAACCCACUCUAAACACUAACCUCGCAGACUUCUUUAAUACGGACAGUGAACGGUAUUUAGGAUCGCCUUUGGCACUACCGAAACCAAAAUCAUGGCCAUUCAAGGAAUCGUCACAAUUCAGUCUUCUGUUCGAGAAAGCCCGAAGCACCUUCCGUGACAAUAUAUACAGCGGUGAUAUAUCAGUGCUGUCUCAGACAUACUCUUCACCGGCAAGCGAGUCUGACACGGACGCGCCAUUUGUCGGGGACUCCAGCUCUCCAGUUGAACCAACCACCCCCGAGCCACUGGCUGCCACCGUCGGAACAGACGCCGCCGAAAAUGUGACGCUACCGGACACUUGGACAGGGACUCAGGCAACAACACAAGACUAUCCCACAGUACCAUCCGGAUCCCUACUCCCAGGCAACGAAGCGGAAGCGGACGCGUCUGCGUUCAUCGGGGAAUCUCAGCCACCAGCCGAACCCGAGUCGGCCACAACUCCAGCGCUAGUUGAAGCUGCCGCCACUGCCACUGCCGUCACCGACUCUGCAGUGGAUCACGAACAUGGGCCGAAUCCUGCGGCUAUCGGCGAGCAGACUUUGCUUCCUGUCAUCUCAGCCGUUACCGGGCUCCCUGAUGGCAUCUCACCAGACCGACCGUUGUUCUUCAUAAUCAGCCAACGAACGCUGUGCCUUUAA